GUCGACUUGAAAGCAACAUUCAUUUCCUUUGAACGGCGAAGGGAUCCAAUCCAGAAUUCCUAGUAUUUCACUUUCGUCUUUAAUUAAUCAACAAAUUGAUUCACAUCUUCAGCCUCUCUCGGCUCACCUGAUCCACCUGCGAAUGGCUGGCGCCGCCUCGGCGCUCUUCCUUCUCGACAUCAAAGGCCGCGUCUUGAUUUGGCGCGAUUACCGUGGCGACGUCUCCGCCGCCGAAGCCGAGCGUUUCUUCACCAAGCUCAUCGAAAAGCAGGGUGGUGAUCCACAGUCUCAGGAUCCCGUGGUCUAUGACAAUGGCGUAACCUAUAUGUUCAUUCAACAUAGCAAUGUUUACUUGUUGACUGCUUCCAGGCAGAACUGUAAUGCCGCCAGCCUUCUUCUAUUUUUGCACCGUAUUGUUGAUGUUUUUAAGCACUAUUUCGAAGAGCUAGAAGAAGAAUCUUUGAGGGAUAAUUUUGUGGUGGUGUAUGAGUUGCUCGAUGAAAUGAUGGACUUUGGUUUCCCUCAGUACACAGAAGCUAAGAUUCUUAGUGAAUUUAUCAAGACUGAUGCUUAUAGGAUGGAAGUUACGCAGCGUCCUCCCAUGGCGGUGACAAAUGCGGUCUCUUGGCGGAGUGAAGGGAUACGGUAUAAGAAAAAUGAAGUGUUCUUGGAUGUGGUGGAAAGUGUCAAUAUACUUGUCAACAGCAAUGGGCAAAUAAUACGAUCAGAUGUUGUUGGGGCAUUGAAAAUGAGAACAUAUUUGAGUGGUAUGCCUGAAUGUAAGCUGGGCCUAAAUGAUAGAGUGCUAUUGGAGGCUCAAGGUCGGGCAACAAAAGGGAAAGCCAUUGAUCUGGAUGAUAUCAAAUUUCAUCAGUGUGUACGUUUGGCUCGUUUUGAGAAUGAUCGGACAAUAUCUUUUAUACCCCCUGAUGGACCUUUUGAUCUGAUGACGUACAGGUUAAGUACUCAGGUGAAACCUCUCAUUUGGGUGGAAGCUCAAGUUGAAAAACAUUCUAGAAGUCGGUUUGAGAUCAUGGUAAAAGCUCGCAGUCAAUUCAAGGAGCGCAGUACGGCAACAAACGUUGAAAUUGAGUUGCCUGUGCCAGCUGAUGCUACAAAUCUUAAUAUUCGGACGUCAAUGGGAUCUGCCAGAUAUGCCCCUGAGAAUGAUGCUUUGGUGUGGAAAAUCAAAUCUUUUCCUGGUAACAAGGAGUAUAUGCUGAGGGCAGAAUUUUGUCUUCCUAGUAUAACUGCCGAAGAAGCUGCUCCAGAGAGAAAGGCACCUGUCCGCGUAAAGUUUGAGAUACCAUAUUUUACAGUCUCAGGGAUUCAGGUUCGCUACCUGAAAAUCAUUGAAAAAAGCGGAUACCAGGCUCUUCCAUGGGUGAGAUACAUUACAAUGGCAGGUGAAUAUGAAUUACGACUGAUGUAAAGAUCCAUGAAAUGUAUUAUUUCUUUUCCUAGUUACGUAAAUAGAGCAUAUGGCUAGCCAAGGUUGUUCCUUUGGGAAGUUUCUUCCCAUAAUUUUGAUAUCUUCAGAAAAGGUGUCCGCUCUUCUGUGUUUUCCCAAGAAUUUUGCUAUAAUUAUCGAUUGGAUGUGGUCAUUUAUAUGUAAGGGCACAAAAAUAGUCUGCUUGAGUUUGUUUCA